AUGGUUGUUUCAGACGAAGAAGUAUCCGAAGCAAUACACUCACUCUUCCGAGAAACAAACCCUAGAACCAGAACUUUCACCACAUUGAACCAAGUCGUUCAAGAGCUUCAAUCCAAACUCGGUCACGAUCUUACCCAUAAGCUCGAUUUCAUUACCUCUCAGAUCAAUCUCCUUUUCGCUUCUCAACAACCUCCUCCGCGAAUUCCGCACAGGCAGUUACAGCAUCCGCAACAACCACCGCAACAACAGCAACAAACUCAACAAACUCAACAACUUUGUUUUUCUGAUAAAGACCGUUUUACCCUUCAGCAAAACCCUAAUCCCUAUUCUGUCCCUGUUACUUCGGUGUUUCGUAACAAUACUGUUGUUGCUUCUGCUGCUGAUGAUGCUACUGUUGCUCAGCCCAAGGAUAGUGCUCAACCUAAGCCAAAGAGAAGAGGUGGCCCAGGAGGUCUCAACAAACUUUGUGGGAUUUCGCCUGAACUUCAGGUCAUUGUCGGGCAGCCAUCAAUGACAAGGAUUGAGAUUGUGAAGCAACUGUGGGCGUACAUAAAGAAAAACAAUCUCCAAGAUCCUAGCAAUAAAAGAAAGAUAAUUUGCAACGAUGAACUGCGUGUGGUGUUUGAGACUGACUGUACUGAUAUGUUCAAGAUGAAUAAGUUGCUGGCUAAACACAUAAUCACCCUUGACCCAACCAAAAAACCUGCCCCGAAGAAACAGAAGGUAGAAGUGGAGUUGGGAACAAGAAGUGCCGAACCUGCUCCUUCUGUAAUUAUAUCUGACUCACUUGCUAACUUUUUUGGCGUUACUGGAAGGGAGAUGCUACAGUCAGAGGUUCUGAAACGUAUCUGGGAGUACAUAAAGGUCAAUCAUCUAGAGGAUCCUGUGAAUCCUUUGGCAAUAAUGUGUGAUGCAAAGCUUAAGGAGAUCUUUGGCUGUGAAAGCAUUUCAGCAUUGGGGAUACCUGAAGUUUUGGGCCGUCAUCAUAUUUUUAGGAGAUCAUGA